GCGGCACGCAGGCCUCGCAGCGGCUCCUGGCCUACAGCGACGCGCUGCUUUCCAUCAUCGCCACCGUCAUGAUCUUGCCAGUGGCUCAUACAAAAAUACAGCCUGAUCAGGAACUCAAUGAAAGUGUUCAGCAGCUGCUAGCCACCAGAAUUGCUGUUUAUCUGAUGACAUUUUUAAUCGUGACGGUGGCUUGGGCCGCUCAUGUCAGACUUUUUCAAGUGAUUGAACUCAUAGACGAUGUUCUUGCACUUCUAAAUUUGGCCUGUAUGAUGCUGAUUACUUUUUUGCCAUACACGUUCUCCUUAAUGGCCUCCUUUCCAGAUGUUCCAUUUGGCAUUUUCAUGUUUAGUAGCUGUGCUGUUAUAAUCGGUUUUGUCCAGGCGGUCAUUGUCAUGUAUGGGUUCCACCACCCGUAUCUCCUCAAUCACCAAAUUCAAGUGUCUGAGAACCAAGCAUUUUAUAAGUAUCACAUCUUGAAGAUUAUACUACGAGGACCAACGCUUAGCUUUUUUGCUGCCAUCUUCUCGUUCUUCUUCGUCCCAAUGUCUUACGUGUUCCUGGGACUCAUUAUAUUCUUCCCACAUAUCCGUCACCUGACCAAAUGGUUUACAAGCAAGACGGAUGGUGAGUAUGAGGAUGAUACGCAGGAGACAUAUGGAUUGCCUUUAGAGUCGUUCACUUUUUACCUCAACGAACCUCUGAGCAAGGAAAGAGUCGAAGCCUUCACUGAUGGAGUUUAUGCUAUUGUAGCAACCCUGCUGAUUCUGGAUAUAUGCGAAAAUAACGUUCCUGAUGCUAAAGAAGUACGAGAGAAAUACCAUGGACUUCUCAUCAAUGCUCUGAGCGAAUACGGUCCAGCUUUCCUUGCUUACUUCGGCUCCUUCGUAACUGUUGGCCUUCUCUGGUUUGUCCACCACUCGCUCUUCCUUCAUGUGACGAAAACCACUCGGCUGAUGGGCCUCCUGAACAACCUUUCCUUGGCUUUCAUUGGCGGGCUCCCUCUCGCUUAUCAGCUGACCAGUCAGUUUGCAAAGAAGUCUCACAACGAAACCGAAGCCAUCCAGGUCAGCUGCGUCACCAUUUUUUUCGGCAGCAUCUUCCAGUUCGGGAUAUGGACUGCCGCUCUGUUCUACGAAAGGGAGACGCUGCACCCUUACGCCCGGUACGGCGGCAAAGAGCACGCCUUCAUGUUUGCCAAGCUCGCUCUCUACCCUUGCGUCAGCCUGGUUGCCUUCUUCCUGACGUGCGUCCUCAGCGAGUUGAGCGCCACCAUCUUUCAUCUCAUGCAGAUAAUUGUCCCGUUUGCCUUCCUUGUGCUGCGUAUCUGUGUCAGAAUAGCUUUGGUGACCAUCAAGCACCUAAUGUCCCUGUCCAGGCCACGGGAGCAUGUGUUAGAAGAAGAGGAAGCAUGUUUGUCUCCUCCUGAAACGUUGUCGUAGGAUCUUUGCUGUACUUUUACUAUGAUAACUGUGGAAUUGCUGUGCCUUGA